CUAAACGGUCAUGCACUUUUAGCACGCACUGCUGUUUACAUAGUAAAGUAACGUACUAAAAUGCUCAUUGACUGCUCCCCAUGGUAAACACCGGGUAGAAGGAUGUCCCCUGCUCCUUGUUGUGACGGAAGCGAUCCCAGGCUCAUGGAGGGAGCUUUUUUGCGAAGACGAAACAAACCCUACCGGCGGACUGUCCGGCAAUUUCGCCAUACCUCCCACUUCACUAGAAUCUAGAACUAGAAUCGGGGAACGUUUCUGGUCUUUUGUUUUUUUUUACCUUGACAAAAUCGGACUUGCUCGCGAUAACUAGAGGUCUGGCCAUCUGCCAAAGAUGAGCUAAAAAGUUCUCCUUUCGAUCUAAUCUAGGCGCGCCAUUCGGUCUGUCUCUUCGUGUCUGGCCACGUCUUCUCUCUUUUUCUUUCUCUACCGUCCUUUCACGGCGCUGUGCCAGACCCACAGAAGAGAGAGAGAUCAGAGAUUCUACGGUCUUGCUGUACAGACCGGACCACAACCCCCUUCGAUAACACCGUCCUGCCCAGCUUGAACCCCCAUCGCCAGAUGUCUGCUACCGACUUCCCGAGCGUCUCUUGUCUGCUGGAAUUCCAAUCCGUGACACGGACAAUCACAACUCUGGGACGGUAGUAGCCAGACAACUGAGGUCGGACGGCAAGACGGGACGCACAAAUCCAUCAAGCAACGGGAUCUCAAGUUUUUUCCAGCAUCUCAGCCGCUGGGAAAGCGAGGCGCGCUUUUUUUAUUCCUUUCUCGACACGAUGGAGAUUGACAGUCGCCCGUUGGAGACGCACGCGCACACACAUUCACAUGUGCAUACACAUAUGGCAGUCGACUCCCCACAGCCGGACGAUGUGCCAGACGAGGACCUGUCGGAACAUGCGCGUCCAAGAAAAAGGACGCGCCGUGCCUGCGACAAGUGCAGCAAUUCACGAACCAGAUGCAACGGCGAGUGUCCUUGCCGUCGAUGUGUAGACUACGGUUAUACCUGUCGCUAUAAUCGUGAGGUCAAGAAGAGAGGGCGGGCCCCCAUCUCUAUUAGUAGUGAUGGCCGCGACCUGCCUUCAAAAAGAACUGCCGAUAGUCAUAACAAACCGGUCCAUAAAUACGAGAACCGCCAAGACGACACGACUACUCACCAACAACCUCACCACUCAGGUGCAAACCACUCAAGGACCAGAUUUGGAGAUGGUGGCGGCGUGCCUGCUCAAGGUGUGGCAGGAAACACCUCAACGACCUCACCCACAACAACCUUUCAUGCUGGUGGUCUACAAAGUAAUUCACAACCAGCUCUGAGCAGCGCCACCCAUGGUCCUAAUACCACCUCGGAGAUUGGGCACGUUCCUCCUUCCCCAGGGUCAUCAGGACAUACAGCGCAGUAUUUCGCUCAUUCUCAACGUGCCCAAAGUUAUAGCGAACCCUCAAUUCCUGUCAGUGGAGGCCCUAGAUUACAUAGCAGCCACAGUAAUCAUAGUGCGCAUAGCCAGGGCCUAUCAGGCCCACGUGAAGCGCUACCAAGCCCGUCUACCGGAAGUACCCAUCAAUCACUUCCCGGAAUAUCACAUGUGCCUUUGUCAGCAAACAGCUCAGGCCAUCGGUCGGCGUACCAAACAUCUCUCCCGUCGUCAAGUACGGCUUACGGCGCGGGCGUGAAUGUUCAGAUGCAGCUGGCGAGUGUUUUGGACUCGACAGCAGCCAUGGAUCAUUCAGGUAUGAUGGCUACAAGUCCAUCAACGAAUGCACACCAACACCAGCAGUCGUCGCCGACCCUAUCACGUCUUGCUCAUCAGCAGGCCGGCACCUCUCCAGGUGGAGCUUUUCCCCCUAUGGGAGGGGGCCAUCAUGCAGGUAGUGUGCACGGUGCACCGACAGGCAGUACCAGGGAAGGUAUUGCUUCUGACGAGAGCAUGGGCUAUCCGUCUCCGGCCAACGGAAGCGUCACUGGUGGUUACGGCAGCUCCCAUCGUCCCAGCGUCUCUUUCGGCGUCGAGAGCCCAUCCGCUCUUGGCAACAUGGGUCAUCAGUCCGGGCGCGAAGGCAGCCAUAGUAGCCAACGUCACGCCAAUGGCCGUGGCUCUUUCAGUACUGUGACUGGUGUCGCGAAUGGCCGAGUUAGAAUUGGUUCUGUGGCCGACCCAGGUGGCGCGACGUCUGGUGGAGGUUUCCCCGAGAUCCAACGAGUCUCGUCGCUAUACAAAGCGCCGAGUGCCGACUGUCGAUAUGCGUGUCUGAUGCCGGUACUUCCGUAUAUUGCAGAUAUUAUACCCGCCAGCGUUGCAUGCGAUCUACUUGACGUCUACUUAACCGAACCCGGCAGCUCUCUCUUUCGCUGUGCUAGUCCCUACAUCUUGACGCGCAUAUUUCGCAAGAAGUCCUUACUACACCCAACAAACCCCCGACCCACUACCCCUGCACUCCUUGCGACCAUGCUUUGGUGCGCUGCUCAGACAGCCGACAUUGUACUUCUCCAUGUUCCUGGAUCCCGAAGCAAGAUCACCAACGCGCUAUACGAGCUCUCUACUUCGCUUAUUUCUCGGCGCGACCCCGACAGAUGGAGGCGGAUCCACGGUGGACUGCGGGUGGAAAACGACCAGUCGCAAACCCACUACGCCGAAUAUUUUCGUAAUCUGAACGGCGGCGAUGGUCCAUCCUUGCGAGCUAGCGAUCACUUGCCAACGACCACAGCCACUAAUGAGCCUGGGGGUGUUAUUGAUGAUGUACUCACGUUUGUCCUACUGUCAAUUGCUGUAUCCGGGGGCGAUUUCAAGUCCGACUGCUUCAAAUGGUGGAACAAAGCCAUCAGACUGGCCCUAGCUCUAGGGCUCCAUCGAGAGGAUGAACGCUGUUCAGCCUCAGUGAGCCCUUGCGCCAACCCCCUGUGCUCCUGCCGGCGAGAACACGAGGACGACACGUCCUUGUCAGGGGCCGAAGCGAGAGAGGAGCGUAGGCGCGUCUUCUGGCUCAUCUACUGCUUGGACAGGCAUUUGGCGCUUUCCUUCAACAGCGCUUUGUAUAUCCCGGAUUCAUACUGCGAGCUGUAUACUCCUCUUCCGGAAACAGUCUGGGAGGAACUUGAUACGAUCCCACACGCUUCAAUGCCAGAAAGGGUUAUUGGUCCGCCUACAGUGGUAACUGGUACGGGAUUUUUUGAGUAUUUCUUACCACUCAUGGCAAUUCUGGGCGAUAUUAUCGAAGUCCAUCACAGAAGGCUGCACCCGCGACUCGGCCGUCUCGACGACUCCCCCGCAGUGGCAGUUAUAAGUGAGGAACUAGCAGCCUGUGAGCGGAGCCUCGACCGGCUGGCCCUCGAUGCAGAGCCGUUGGCCCCUGCAGCCGACCCAAUUGGAUCAGACUAUCUGUCGGCGACAGCCGCUGGUGGUGGUGGCGUUAUCGGCGGCUCUACUGUGGCAUCCACCUCGGUCCCUGUAGCCAGUACCCCUGGACCACAUAUCAAGGAUCUCGUGACGGGAAUUGUAGACGGCACCAGGCCAGUAUCAACUGGGAGCCAGAACGGCAGCAGCGCCCAAGAUGGUGUGGCUAAAGUCGAGCCCGGACCUACAACUCAGUCGACAACACCUUCCGGACCGCCACCUUUCUCUGCCGGCUCUGCAGGUAAUACGCCCCCGGAUCGGCGACAACACCGCUCCUCUUCUGUCCGUGACCGGUCACGUCUGCAGCUGGUUAUGGCUUACAGCACACACAUCCUUCAUGUUCUGCAUGUGCUGCUGCAUGGAAAGUGGGACGCCAUCUCCAUGCUGGACGAUGACGACGACUGGAUAACGUCGGCUCGCUUCAACGACUGCGCUGCCUCAGCCAUAGCUGCUUCGCAAGCUGUCAGUCGGAUCCUGCGGCACGACCCGGAGUUGACCUUUAUGCCGUAUCUGUUCGGGAUCUAUCUUCUCCACGGCUCCUUUAUUCUGCUCUUGUUUGCCGACCGCAUGCCGCAGCUGGGCGGACCUAAUCAGUCGGUCGAGCAGGCCUGCGAGACGAUCGUUCGAGCCCACGAGGUGUGCGUCGUGACGCUGUCCACGGAAUUUCAAAAGAAUUUUCGAAAGGUCCUGCGGAGCACUUUGUACAGCGUUCGCGGCUCUAGUCCUACCGAGUGGGAGGAGCACAAGGCAAGAAGGAGGGCACUGAGCUUGUAUCGUUGGACUAGAGGCGCCAAGGGUCUAGGUCUGUAAAACGAGAGGUUAUGGUUGAUGGGUUAUAUGAGGAACGAAUCUUGGAUUACCAGAGUAAUGAAGUCGGCAUAUAUUUACCAUUUCUUGUCGAAGCGUUGCCGCAACAUUUCCACAUCAUAGAUGCGCUUGUCUACCCAGAGUCACUUUUCUUUAUUGUGAAAUAGGAGAGGCGUCGUUGAUGGAGAGGUAGAAAGUUCCCGAAGAGCCGCUCGUGCACGCUUGACUCUUAAAACAAUUGAUACGUACCUAGCAUUAGUUUUUAC